AUGAGACCAGGUACCUACCUAUCAGUUGCCAACCUCAGGUCGGUACUUGCUACUUGCCGCGCCUACCCCGCGGGCCACGCGUACCGCCCUCCUGCUGAGCUUCCCGCACCCUUAAUCAACCCCACACUGCCGUCAGCUACCUACAUGUAUGUUGCCCCCAAUUGGCCCGCACCACAUCGCGUCUUUAUUGUCCCUCAAAUUCAUCCCAUAAGCGAUUUACUAUCACGAAAGCGAGUUAUCCUCAUACCUGUCAUCGCCCCCGGCAGCCUCCCGAAUCUCCCAUCUCCACCCGCCGUAACCCAGUCGCAGCACAGAGACGAUUCCCAUUCCCGAUACACGAUCAAAACCUCGUCGAUAGCCACAGUCACGGGGGACAGGCUGUCCAUGGCCGCCAACCCAAGAUACAGCCUUCCAGCAGGCUUCAAUGGCCAGGCCACAAAUGGCGCCGGCGGUAAACCCGCCUUGCCUCAUAUCGACGAUGUAGUCGCACUGCCAAGCGACGUAGAUGGCACCAAGCCAAUAAAGUGGCUGCUCGAGCAGGCCGAGAUGUCAUUGCGCCAAUCCGAGAUGAGCCGCGACUUCAACAGACCAGCCCUGGCCUUGAAGGACUUCAUCCGCGCUUCGAUUAUCACGGUCCAGCUAGUGUCUCACCACAAAGACUAUCUGAUGCUGAAGGAUGGACGCAACGAACUGGCUAAAAAGCACACCGCGUUGAUGACCCGUAUUAAACAGCAGAGCGAUAUCUACGACCAGAUCAAAAAGGACAUACUAGCGGACAAUAAGAGGACCGGCGUGCUCCCAAAAGCACGGAGAUCAGAAUCUUUGCAAACAAAUGGCACUCAUUCGUCUGCGACGUUAUCCACACCCACCGGCGGCGGCCCCGCGGUGAAUGCAUCGGGCAAGGUCAAGCCUAAGGUGCAGCCAAAGCCCCAAUCACUCCAAGGCAAGGCCGUUCCUGGUCAUGCAAGAUCAUCGUCGACCAAUAAUGUCAGUGUCGUCGACCUAGCAGCACGCUUUGCAAACCUUCGAGGACCCCAGACCACACCUGGACAGGAUCCGCGCAUCAAGACUCAUCCAAUUCUACAAUUGAAACCCGCCGGCCCCCGAGAUAUGCCGUCGUCGCCUCCAAAGUCACAGGCAAACCUGUCAAACGGAGUACCGUCACUACCUAAGAUGCCGGAUGCUAUAUAUCAUCCAGCUCGCGGUAGUGUCUCCAGCGAUGUCGGACGUCCUCCAGCCACUACACCCCGAAGUUCGCACAGCCGUGCGGCCCCAACCCCUUCGCUCAGCAACAUGCCGAGUCCGGUAUCUGCGCGGCAGAGCAUGGAAUACUUUCCUCCUGUUGCUACCAAUACAACUGGUGGUAAAUCGUCAUUCCACAAGCCCGUCUCCAAUGGUGAGGCUGACUCGAUCACGGCCGAGGCACUAUUUGAGGCCAUGAAACAGACGGGCUCUGUUCUGAUAAUAGAUAUCCGCUCUCGUAUUGAAUUUGACGAAGGCCACAUUAUGUCUUCCUCGACGAUUUGUAUCGAGGCUAGUAUCCUACUUCGGGACAACAUAUCGGCAUCGGAGAUUACAGAAAGCUUGGUUCUUUCGCCCAACCAGGAACAGUCGCAAUUCGAUCGCCGCAAUGAGUACGAACUCGUUGUUUUCUAUGACCAAGACUCUGAAGAGAUCCCUCGUUCUCCGCGCAGCUCCGAUGAUAUGGUUAUUGUCUCUCUGCAUCGCGCUCUCGCUCACUUCAACUACGAUCGCGAGCUCAAGCAACCCCCAAGGAUUCUGAAGGGCGGCUUAGACGCGUGGGUUGAAGUGAUGGGCUCCGCCUCACUACAGGCCACAAGCCUCAGUAGUAGCCACCCUGCUCCAGCAUCGCGGGCUCGAAGCGGAACUUUCCAGCGCAAGCGAUCGAAAUACAUCCGGCCUCUGCGUGCGGACGAAGUUAAAGUUUGGCAGCAGACUCUAGAGAACGAAGAUAUGAACGCCAACCAACCUCCUGACUACCAUCGUUCGACAGAGUCUUUCCUACGCCGCUAUCCUCCAGUCUUGACUGAGCAAGAGUCUAUGACCUCGUCGCCCUCAAGUGAACAACCACCGGGAUAUAGCACCCUUCACAAUAUUGACCCUUAUAAUGACCUACCCUCACCGCCGACCCGUCCGGCGCCUUCAGUUCCUCGACUCAGUUAUAGCAGUUUGUCUCACACAUCGGAGGAAGUUGACCGCUUCGAGCAACCGGUGGCACCCCGCCAAACUGUCCGAGCCAAGAAGUUACCGGAGCAGGUGACCGGGGAUGGUUCCAAGCUAUAUACGGGUCUGAACAAUCCACAUAAUUGGUGCUACGCAAAUAGCACUCUACAGUCGCUUCUGGCGUCACCAGACUUUGGGAAGGAAUUGUCUGAUUCGACAUGGAAAACAGAAUAUCGAGCACCAAAGAAGGAUACUGAGAAGAUAGAACAUGCUCAGUUGAUGAUCAACAUCAUGUCUAACUUAUUCCACUGGAUGAGUACUGGCAAUCUCGAAGUCAUGAAGGCCCAAACUCUCAUGCAUAUAUGCAAAACGAGCCGUUCAAAUGCUCAAUUUGGUGGGACACAACAACAAGAUGCGCAGGAAUUCAUGUCCUUUCUCAUGGAACAUCUGCACGACGAAACCAACUCCCGUCGAAACCGAAAGGGCAAUGCUCUGCAGCCAAACACAAAGUCGCAGCCGCUGCUAUACGCUGCCGUCCAAUACUGGUACAACCACCUCCAGUUCAACGAAUCCAUUGUCGACAAGUACUGGCGCGGACUGGAGCUCUCGACGGUCCAGUGCCUCGACUGCCACACCAAGACGUACACGUUUUCCCCGUUUGAGUGGAUUCCCGCGCCGGUCGCGCUGGGCAGCACGCGGCAGACGCUGGAGCAGUCGCUGCACCAGCACAUUGCCAAUAACACCCUCGACGACUUUUCGUGCGACAAGUGCCGCCGUAACACGCGCGCCAUGCAGUCCAUCUCCUUUGCGCGGCUGCCGCCGCUCCUCUGCGUCUGCUUUCGCCGCUUCAACUACAACCAGGCCACGGGCGACAUCAAAAAGUCGACGGCCCCCGUGACGUGGGACUUUAAUGACUUUGACGUGUCGCCGUUCUUCUACGAGCAUGGCAACGGCCGCCCGCCACCUGGCACGAGCGACCAGCACGCGUACGAGGGCCCGUUUCGGUACGAGUGCUACGCCGUCAUUGUGCACGCGGGCAGUCGGACGGACAAUGGCCAUUACUUUGCCUAUGUGCGCGAUCAGAGCACGCACGACCCGUACGCGUGGCUGUGCUGCAACGAUAGUCGCGUCACGAGGGUCCGGAUCGGCAGCGGGGAACGCGAUGAUAUCCAAAAUGAGGUGUUCAAGUCGGGGCAAGACAGAGUCCCGUACCUGGUGUUUUUCCGGCGCAAGGGGUAA